UCUUGAACCAACUUAAACAGCUCUUGGCUUGUCUCUGGAACCACUACAACCGCUUGGAAACCAGUACAGCAUACGAGCUGGGACCAGAACAAACCAGUGUUCCAACAACUGAGAUAAACCCGUUUUUUAUUAGGGUAUCGGAUAUAUCGGAAGCACCAUGAGUGACGUCAUCACACUGUUGGGGGAACUGGAGGAAGACGAAUGGAACUGUACUGCCUUGCUAAAUUCAUCCGCUUUGAAUUCCACGCUGUACGACAGCGAGAGGAACAUCACCUACUCUCCGUACUACCAGCACUCCCCGCCGGUCGCUGCGUUCUACAUCGUGUCGUACCUCUUCAUUUUCCUGCUCUGCAUGGUCGGGAACGCCCUGGUGUGCCUGAUUGUGAUGAAGAACAAGCGCAUGCGCACGGUCACUAACCUCUUCAUCCUAAACCUGGCGAUCAGCGACCUCCUGGUCGGAAUUUUCUGCAUUCCAACUACCCUGGUGGAUAAUUUAAUUACAGGCUGGCCCUAUGGCAAUGUGGUGUGUAAGCUGAGCGGGCUGGUGCAAGGAACCUCUGUCUCUGCCUCUGUCUUCACGCUGGUGGCCAUCGCAGUGGACAGGUUCCGUUGCAUCGUGCACCCAUUCAAGCCCAAGCUCACCCUGCUGGAGGCUGGCAUCGCCGUGGUGAUCAUCUGGGUGCUGGCCGUGGCGAUCAUGUGCCCUUCGGCGGUCAUGCUGACUGUGAGUCAGGUGCAAGACCACUACAUGGUCCACAACAGCGACUACAACCACACCUACCCCCUGUUCUCCUGCUUUGAGGACUGGCCAGACAAGCAGAUGCGCAGGAUCUACACCACCGUCCUGUUCGGCCACAUCUACCUGGCGCCUCUGACCCUCAUCGUGGUGAUGUACAGCCGCAUCGGGGUCAAGCUGUACGAGUCCUCGGUGCCCGUGAGUGACCGCGUGGCGGGGAGGCCCCACCAGCCCCACGCUGAGGGCAGGAACGUGGUCCCCAGGAAGAAAAUCAAGGUCAUCAAGAUGCUGAUCAUGGUGGCUCUGCUCUUCAUGCUCUCCUGGCUGCCUCUCUGGACCCUGAUGCUGCUGACAGACUACGCCACACAGACAGAGGAGCAGCUCAGCCUCCUCACGGGCUACAUCUUCCCCUUUGCGCACUGGCUGGCCUUCUCCAACAGCAGUGUCAACCCCAUCGUCUACGGCUACUUCAACGAGAACUUCAAGAGGGGCUUCCAGGCCGCCUUCCGCCUCCAGUGGUGCUCCGAGAGGGCGGAGCCCCGGGAGGCUUAUUCCCACAGAGUCACCGCCGGGAACGUGGGGAACUUUGGAGUGCGAAACAAGGUCUACACUGACGGGGACUGCAGCGAUUCCGACUGCCUGACGAAGGAGAGCAGGAUGGUGGCUGGGGGAGGAGGAGGAGGGGGAGGAGGGGGGGCGGCUGUGGCGGGCUGUUCUGGACAGGUUCACGGAGGAGCAUCCAGCGCACUUCAGCCGAUCUUAAAGCAGGGGCUGAACAUCGAGGAUAUUGAGAAAAUCACACCGCUGAGCAGCGGCGUCUGUCAGGCGUGGGAAGGGUAAAGAAAUAGAAAAAAUCUGAAACGCUAAGACGCUGUCAAUAAUGGUGUAUGGAUGGACGAUUCUGCAAGGGGUUUUAGAUUGUUCUUGAGGGAUUCCUCUGCUGUGUUUUAGAUUGCUCUUGAGGGAUUCCUCUGCUGUCUUUAGAUUGUUCUUGAGGGAUUCCUCUGCUGUGUUUUAGAUUGCUCUUGAGGGAUUCCUCUGCUGUCUUUUAGAUUGUUCUUGAGGGAUUCCUCUGCUGUCUUUUAGAUUGUUCUUGAGGGAUUCCUCUGCUGUGUUUUAGAUUGCUCUUGAGGGAUUCCUCUGCUGUCUUUAGAUUGCUCUUGAGGGAUUCCUCUGCUGUCUUUAGAUUGUCCUUGAGGGAUUUCUCAGCUGUUUUAGAUUGUUCUUGAGGGAUGUCUCAGCUGACUUUAGUACACUCAGGGACGAUCAUGGUUGAGAUCUGCAGACCGUUGGGAGAGCCUGUUUCUGGUGAAGCUGCUGAUUUGAACCAGCUCCUGCCAAUGCCUCCUACUAAGCGUGCGGUCCAUCUCACUCCUGCAACAGGAGUGAGAUUUUAUACAUAACAGAAUCCACAUCACCCCCUUUAUAUUCCUGAAUACAGAUCGUACUUUAUUUAUUUCACACUAUACAAUUUUUCUAGCAAACUGCUGCAACACGUUGUUUUAAGCAAAUUAUAGAUCUUAAUAGAAUAAUUCAUACUGUGGUAUAUAUUGUGCAACUUUAGGGUUCUUUUAAAGUUUUUAAAAGUCUUAAAAAAAUACAUAAAAUUGCCUUUUUUUCAGCUUUUAGUAAAAUCUGAAAUGCGAAAGUUCAAAUCACUGUGUGAAAGGAAGUGUUUGACAGCACCUGGAUACACAAUCAUUACACCACAGAAGCACAUCGGCUCGGUGUGCAGUACAGUAGCUUUUCUUUUUAAUGUGGUGGUGGGAACGCAAAGGGUCUUGAGCAGGGCUCGUUGUUUUUAAACAUUUUUUAUAUAUUAAAAAAACAAACAAAUUGCCCCUUCAUGAGAGCCCACCUUCUGGGCGUUGGGCCCCCUUCGAGGCGCUGGGCUCCGGGGAAAUGUCCCCGUCCUCCCCGCCCUCUCGGUGGGCCUGUCGGUACAGUUAUAUCGCUACCACCUCGAACUCCAGUGUGAACAGACGCUGCCAUGCUGUCCCGCUACGAUACGGUAUAAACAUGCAAGUGAGUCACAUGUUUCAGGUCACUUUAGCAGCCUGCUGAUGGUAUUUCUGAUGACGAUGUAGCUGCAGAAUAUGGAGAAUCUGCAGGAGCUUGUGAAUUCCUGAUUCAGUUAUCCACAGAUUUGGACUGUCUCUAGCAAUGAAUGUAUGUGUGAGAGCUAGUUUCUUUCACUGCACUCCAGUAAGCACAGGUACCUUUGCAAACUACUGCAUUCAUAUCACCUCGAGAUCUCUUUGCGAUAUUGUAAAGCAGAAUCUACAAGUACUCAAGGUUCUCAGAAAUGUGAAUGGAUAGCCAGAAAAGAACACUUGAGGAAGAAAGAAAACAGAGAAGCUGGAACUAUCACCGCGUUUCCACAGUUAGAGGAGAAACCUCAAAAUGGAGCGAGGUAACCAGUGGUGUACUACAGGGAUCAGUGUAAGGUCCUCUGCUAUUCCUAAUCUACAUUAAUGAUUUAGAUUCUGGUAUAGUAAGCAAACUUGUUAAAUUUGCAGAUGACACAAAAAUAGGAGGAGUGGCAAACACUGUUGCAGCAGCAAAUUGAAGAAGGACUCUAUGAAAACGACCUAGGAGUUUAUGUUGACUCAGAAAUGUCUUCAUCUAGACAAUGUGGGGAAGCUAUAAAAAAGGCCAACAAGAUGCUCGGAUAUAUUGUGAAAAGUGAUUAAUUUAAAUCAAGGGAAGUAAUGUUAAAACUUUACAAUGCAUUAGUAAGACCUCACCUAGAAUAUUGUGUUCAGUUCUGGUCACCUCGUUACAAAAAGGAUAUUACUGGUCUAGAAAGAGUGCAAAGAAGAGCAACCAGAAUUAUCCCAGGUUUAAACAGGAUUUUGUAUGCAGACAGGUUAAAAGAAUUUAAUCUUUUCAGUCUUGAACAAAGAAGACUACGUGGUGAUCUGAUUCAAGCAUUCAAAAUCCUAAAAGGUAUUGACAAUGUCCACCCAGGGGACUUUUUUGACCAGAAAAAAGAAGCAAGGACCAGGGGUCACAAAUGGAGAUUAGAUAAAGGGGCAUUCAGAACAGAAAAUAGGAGGCACUUUUUUACACAGAGAAUUGUGAGGGUCUGGAACCAACUCCCCAGUAAUGUUGUUGAAGCCGACACCCUGGGAUCCUUCAAGAAGCUGCUUGAUGAGAUUCUGGGAUCAAUAAGCUACUAACAACCAAACGAGCAAGAUGGGCCGAAUGGCCUCCUCUCAUUUGUAAACUUUCUUAUGUUCUUAUGUUCUUAAUUAGAGCUAAGCUGGACGGUCGCUGAGGUGGAGUUAAAGAUGGCUGUUUGCUUUCCAGUGUAAUCCGGUCAGGUAUAGCUGACCCAGGAAGCAGUAGUGUGACAGUAAAAGGUCACAUUGUUAUUCUCUCUAAUCUUGUGUUCAUUUUUCAAUUUUUAAAUCUCAACACUGAAUAGCUUUGUCUGGGUUUGUUUUCAACACAGCCUUCGCUUACAGCCGCCACCGUUCAAAGCAGUUUGUCUCUUUAGCACACUUUAGCCUUUUGAUGACAGCACAGUUUGGCCCCAUUGGGGAUGAGAUACGAAACUGUAGUCUGAGCGUCAGUGGAAACCCCCUCCAGCUACACCUCGCCCAGCCUGGCCAGCUGAGCUAGACCCAGGGACAGGCAGUGGAAACGAGGCAUAUGUGACCCGAUCUGGACGGGUCUGGAAAAGACACUUGGAAAGGGUUUAUAUCAAUCAGUGCGGUACUGAGUUGCUCACCAUUGCAAAAACCAAGUCUGACCAGGCUAAGGUAAAACGAAAAGCAAAAUGUUCCAUGUCUCAGUCCUCCUGCAGAACACUUAGGGUUAUCACUGCGCUUGCAGGACGGAUCGCUCACUGAAAUGCAUGCAUUUGAAGACAGUUCUCAAUGCAGAGACAGAUCUGCCCGGAAGGUGAAUGUGUAUGGGUAUAUAUUGAAACACUGUUCCACUUCAGUGCGUCCUCUGUGCUCUGAUUCCACACAGACCAGAAAGUAAUUACGCGUGAAUUAUUCCCUAAUCACCCCCUUAUCAACUGAGCAGAAUAAAAACCAUUCUAUCCUGAGUGGGUUUGAAAGCUCGGUAUUGUUUGUUGAGGGGGAGCAGCUUGUGACUCAGUCCGACUUGAAAGAGCCCCUGGGCUGCAAUUGACUGAGAGACCUCUGAAAGGUAAGGCAGCCAGAUAUCUCCUUUCUCUGUCACUCCUACGUACAGCACAGAGCCCCCUCUUUUAUUUGCCAUUGAUUUAAUCUAAUUUCACAACUUAUAAAACACAUUAGCUUAAUUGUUAGUUCCCUAUAUAUUGUGCAAUGUACUAUAUGCUUUGCAAUGUGCUGUAUGCUUUGUGCUAUUAUAUGUACUGUAUACUGUGCAAUGUACUGUUUACUGCAGUAUCUACCUGUAUAUUGUCGUAUCGUAUAUUGUGCAGUGUACUGUAAACUGCUGUAUACAGAUGAACGUACCUAUAUAUUAUACAAUAUACUGUAUGCUUUGUAAUAUGCCUUACACUUUGUAUAUGUAAUGCAAAGUACUAUGUAUCACAAAAUAUACAUUUAAGACGUCUCAUUUCGAGUUUCGUCAAGAUUACAGUAAUGUGUUGCAUUUGAAAUGCAAUCUGUAUAUAUUAGUGAUGGGCACCAAUAUCUAUAUUUUGAUACAAUAUCGAUGUUGUUUGAUGUCGACAAUAAUUAUCACAACCCUGGUUCCCUGAAAUAAAACUAUAAGCAUUAUCGCGUGGGUAUUUACCUCCUAAAGACCCGGAAACCUGAAUCAUUUCUAUCAAAGCUGCUCACGAGCCUGUGACGCAGUCAUGACUCCGCCCCCGAGGACAUGAGUUUACUGCGCUCACAGACCUCAACGUCAUCUUUCCUUCAAGCCUGCUGCAAUCAUGGACGCUGCGACCUUGAAGGGUAAUGGAUACAUUUCUAUUUCAGGGAAACAGGGUUAUGAUAAUAACCUAAUGUUCCCUUUCAAGCAUGAAAUGUAACCAUUACCGCAUGGGUGAGUGUACCAAAGCCGUCGCAAGGGAAGCAAGCGAGAGGCCAAAUGGCAAGACACAGAACUUCAAAAUUGAACCGCAGGGACUUCCUGUUUACUGGUUUUAUGGGGAUGUGUGCAGGGUGGUGGUAACUGGUUUGCCACUGGUUUACGUACUGGAGGUGGUCGCUUGGGAAGCAGGUGAGCCAGCACUAUGGUGGAUUCCCUCACGCGGUGAGGGAAUGCGUGCCAGGGAAAGCCAAAACUGCCUACGUGCAGCUACCAGCACAGCCAGGUUCCUGCCUACAGCUCAUCCAGCUGUUGUGGUGGGGGCCUGUGGUUCUCAGAGAGGGGUCGCAGCAAUGCGACUGGUAGGCUGCCAGGAUGCUGUUUCAGAUAGGUAGCCAUACGGCGAACACACUAGCUGAAUAGGCUCUCUUGAGGAUCACCUGAAAGUCCUGGCACUGCUUGUUCGGGCAGGCAGCGUCCUUGGAUAGGAGCGCUGUAAUUAGCCGCCUGAAGCAAGGCGGCAAUAGAAGCCUCAACCGAUGAAAAAUUGACCCAGCUUCUCCGUAUCAUAUAUAUAGGGCUGAGAAGGAGUAAGGGAUGCAGAGUGCUACUUGGAGCUGUGAUUAGCCAGAGCCCCAGGCAGUAAGAGCACCUGCCGUGCUUGUCCUCAAUAGGAAGACCUGGUCUUGCAUGACUCUCAGGGAUAAACCCAGGCACGAUGCAAGUAGCAAACAAUGCAGUGUACAGCAUGCAGUUGUACAGUUGCUGCCUCAAUCUGCCUAUAGGUAUCUAUAGGACUUUAGAACUGGGUCAGUUCGGUACAAGUGCGGUGGCUUUUAGCACCGGGUCGGUACAAGAACAGCACUGAAACAGCACCGAGACGAUACUGGUGCGGGGACCUUGGUCCCGGUUCGGUACUGGGUCGGUAACGUAGUGUGUCGGUGUCCUCGGUACCAGUACAGUACAGGUCCACCGGUUCACAGUUCCCGUGGAUUGCAAUGUACGGGGAUGCCCAUCUGUAUAAGCCACUGACAAAACCACUCUUGCCUGCCUGUUAGAGGUACUAACAGUCCUUGUAAUGGUGAUGUUAAAGCAGUCACCAAAACGGCAGUGAGAUACCGUGGGAGAGACUGCAAGCAAUCUCAACUGAAGCCCGUAUCGUGGUCCAGCACAGCGCUGUUGAGCCCAGCAACUGUGUGUGUAUUUCUGUAAAAAAAAAAAAAAAGCACAGAAAAUACAACAGGAGAAAAAAAUAUUUCUCUUCAGAAAACUGUUACAGCGUAAAUAAAAUAUUGCAUAAAUUACGUCAAACACAAUAAUUUGCGAAUAUUAUACAGUCAUAAGCAACAAGCGCUUAUCUGAUACGAGCCUUCCGUGUCAGGUCUUGAAAGGAAAAUGACGUUGAGGGCUGUGACUGCAGUAAAUGUAUGUCCUCGGCAGCAGCUUUCAAAUGCAGGUGAGGGAAGGAAGGCAAUGCUACAGCUAAGGAUGACUUUGGCUUAUUACAAUACAACCCUUCUGAAUGCAUGAAACAUAUCUUUUCUAAAAUUCCAGUAUCGUUAGUUACAUACUUACUCAGUGGAGAUCAGGAUCUGUCUUUGCUAAUCCUGAAACCGAAGACCAACAUGAUUGUCAAGAAAUCUGGACAGCUACUGUUUUUGAAUUCUAUAUUUAUAGUUGCACCAAAAGUGUUUUCUUAUAGAGGAUAUCAAUAUUUGAAUAUUACGUGUUUGUAAAUUGCGUUAACAAAGAUCUUUUUCAAAAGUGUUUUGUUUUUUUUUACGCAGAAAACAAAACUUUUCACGUGACAGAUUUUAUGAAUUUA